CACAGGUCACUCGCUCAGCCCCUAGUUAAUUAAACGCAGGGACUAAAUGUACGUUGAUUUGGCAAUAGCGAAAGAUUUAUUGGUAAUAGCAAUACGGCACCGGCCGGCCUUAACAAAUACAUUAUGCAUACAGUCCUCCGUCUCUAGAAUGACUGAAAUUGAAUGAACACAAAUCGGAGUCACAGAGGGACCUAUACGUAUAGAGAGAGAAAGAUACAUAAGAUUUCGAGGGAGGGAAAGGGUUAUGGAGAAUCUAAAGGAGGGCGACAAGGUGGUGGCGUCGGCGUCGGCGGCGGAGGAGGAGGAGGAAGAGGAAGAAGAAGAAGAAGAACAGCUUGGUUCGAGCUUGACUCUCGAGAGGGUCGCCGUGGCCAAGAAACUCAUCGAGAGCCACUACAAGGCUCAUAUGAGACACAUCCAAGAGCGCAGGGAAAGGCGGUCAGUGCUAGAAAAAAAGCUAGCUUCUUUAGAUGUGUCAGAGGAAGAACAGAUCAAUCUACUGAAGGAUUUGGAGCGCAAAGAGACAGAGUAUAUGCGACUUAAACGGCAUAAGAUCUGUGUUGAUGAUUUUGAGCUUCUAACCAUUAUUGGGAGAGGAGCCUUUGGAGAGGUCAGGCUGUGCCAGGAGAAAAAAUCUGGUGAUAUAUAUGCCAUGAAAAAACUAAAGAAGUCAGAAAUGCUUAGCAGGGGACAGGUUGAACAUGUUAGAGCUGAAAGGAAUUUGCUUGCAGAAGUUGCAAGCCACUUCAUAGUAAAACUUUAUUAUUCUUUUCAAGAUGCUGAAUACUUGUAUCUGAUAAUGGAAUAUCUGCCUGGUGGUGACAUGAUGACUUUGCUGAUGAGAGAAGAGACUUUGACUGAAACUGUGGCUAGAUUUUACAUUGCUCAAAGUGUUCUAGCGAUAGAGUCUAUUCACAGGCAUAACUACAUCCACAGAGAUAUCAAACCUGACAACCUUCUGUUAGACAAAAAAGGUCAUUUGAAGCUCUCUGACUUUGGUCUUUGCAAGCCUCUUGAUUGUUCAAGUUUGUGUCCUAUAAAUGAAAAUGAAGUAAUGAGUGAUGAUAACUUGAGGGAGUCUAUGGAUGUAAAUGGUUGCUUUCCAAAUAAUGGCAAUGGCAGUCGCUGGAAGAGCCCCCUUGAGCAGUUACAACAUUGGCAAAUGAACAGGAGGACAUUGGCCUUUUCCACCGUGGGCACGCCUGAUUAUAUUGCUCCUGAAGUUUUAUUGAAGAAGGGUUAUGGCAAAGAGUGUGAUUGGUGGUCGCUUGGUGCUAUAAUGUAUGAGAUGCUUGUUGGUUACCCUCCGUUCUACUCGGAUGAUCCUAUUACAACAUGUAGAAAGAUUGUGCAUUGGAGAAGUCACUUAAAGUUUCCUGAGGAAGCAAGAUUGACUCCUGAAGCAAAGGAUCUGAUUUGUAGAUUGCUUUGUGAUGUUGAACAUCGGCUGGGAACUCAAGGAGCAGACGAAAUAAAAGCUCAUCCCUGGUUCAAAGAUGUUGUAUGGGACAAACUUUAUGAGAUGGAAGCAGCAUUUAAACCGGAGGUCAAUGGGGAACUUGAUACUCAGAAUUUCAUGAAAUUUGACGAGGUGGACCCUCCAGCAGCAGCAGCGAGAAUGGGUUCUGGACCCUUGAGAAAGAUGUUGUUGACUCAGCGAGAUUUAAGUUUUGUUGGUUAUACCUACAAGAACUUUGAGGCUGUCAAAGGGUUACGCAAGUCUUCUGAUAAAAAGGGGAGCACGUCACCGCCACGGUCAUCUAUUGAUUCUGUUUUCAGUGAUUCUGGAGUGGACUACUCUGCCAGGUACUCAACUGAUGGGGCGGACAUGCUUGUCCGUGCUUCUUCAAUGGAUAAUAUAGCCGAGGGAUGAGUGGUCCACACUUUGCCUUGCGACAUGAUGUUGACAACCUCUCCUUAUGGAGAUGAAACCUCGCGAAUAUGCAUUGUACAGUAAUAUUGGAAGAACUCCAGGCGAGUACUUCAUCACAUCGUUUGGUAAUAAUGGCUGUAAUUAAUAACUGAAAUUUUUGUAUGCUUUAGAGAGUUUUAGCAGAGUAUCAUCAAAGUCCAUCCCAGCUACCCAGGUUGGCAUUGGUAAACAUGCCUACGCUAGUGGCAGUUUAUGGCUUUUCACCCAUUUUCUCUUCCCAUUUCAUAAAAAAUGCAAAACAGGUAAAUCAUAAGAGCAUCAACUACUAGCAUUGAAUCGAAUGUUAAACCACGGUUGGUUGUCCAGACUGAAAACUAGGGCAGUUGUCUUCAGAGAGAGAUGCCGAAAUGUUAUAUGGAAUUUAGCUCUCUCUGAUGUGUUUGGUCUGCAUCAGCUGUCUGCAUUGCAUGUGCGGAAGCUUGCAACUUAGCUAUAUGUGUUGGUAGUUAAAUUUUUCCAGAUUUAGUAAUGGUUUUGUUAAAUUUUUCUAAUUAUCUCAUAUUAGUAUUAUAGCAUUGGUAGUUAAAAUUUUUUUCCUGAAUUUAGCCCAUGUCAGUUUUACUGUCUUUUAUUUUUGGCUGAGUUCAUGUCAGUUUUUCAUUUUCUGCUUGAUCAAUUUGUUCAUUUUGUCGGUUAGUGUCGAUGUCUCAUAUAGAGUAGAGGUGUAAAACCGCUCAGACCACCCGUGCUGGAUCGAGGGUGCCCGAUGCCAGACGGUGCGGGCUGCCCUCACAUGGUUUACCAAGGAGGGUGCGGGACUUCUCCCUAGUCUCCCCACCCACUAUAUAAAUAUAAAUAGAUGUCCAUCUUAGUUGGGUCUCUCUUCUCUCUUGUACAGUCCUUGUCUUUCACACUCUAAAUUCUCUUUUAUUCUCUUGCGGUGUUUGUUAACCAAUAUAAGAGGGAAAAAGAGUCAGAUAUAA